UGUGUGUGUGUGUGUCUGGGGGCGUGACGGGGCUGGGGCGUGGCAUCGGGACUCUGCGCGCUUGUGAGGCCGGGACUAGUGGGUGAUGGCGUGUUUGUGACUCAGUUGGGUGCAGAGCCUCUUGUGUGACGGAAGGUGGCCGUGGCCGUGAAGUGUGUGACUCUGACUCUUAGCGUCACGCGGCAUCCUCUGCCCUCUAGCCACGCGGGCCCAGCCGCAGAGAAGGGGCCCCCGUCAGAUGUCUGGGCGCCAGAGAAAAGACUCCCAGCAGAAAGGCUCAGCCCGCAUCUUGGGAUGCGAGUGUGGGAGCUGAGCGUGCCCCAGGCGGGCUCCUGGGAGUACUCCCGCCGCCCCGCAUCCUCGGGCGCGCGGACGCGCGCGGCGUCGCUCACACCCUUACAGCGCUGAGGGUCCACCUGCAGGUUUCGGAACCACCCAGUUCCCUCCAGGAAGUGCUGUCAAAUCCGACUCCAGAGCUGCACCUCCCUUUGGCCUCUAUGGACUCUGCUUCUCCAUGCAAGUAAACCCCAAGGAGGACUGACCAGUUCUUGAAUUUCUAAACCAUGGCCCAUUAUAUGUCAUUUCAGGGAUCAGUGAUGUUCAGUGACGUGUCCAUAGACUUCUCUCAGGAGGAGUGGGAGUACCUGGACUUGGAACAGAGGGCCUUGUACAGAGAUGUAAUGUUGGAGAACUACAGCAACUUGGUCUCAUUGGGUUGCUUCAUUUCUAAACCAGAUGUAAUUUCUUUAUUGGAGCAAGGAAAAGAGCCCUGGAAAGUUGUGAGGAAAGGAAAAAGACGAUAUCCAGAUUUGGAGACCCGGUAUGAGAGCAAGAAGUUAUCUUCAGAAAAUGACAUUUAUGAAAUAAACUUAUCCCAGUGGAAGAUAAUGGAAAGAAUUAAAAGCCAUGGCCUUAAGGACCUUAUUUUAAAAAAUGAUUGGGAGUCCAAAAGAAAAUUUGAACGACAAGAAGGAUAUGUCAGUCAGAUGAAAAUUCCAUCUCAAAAAGUGUCCUCUUACCAGAAACGCACAUCUCUUACUCCACAUCAGAGAAUUCAUUUUGUUGAGAAACCCUAUGAAUGUAAGGAAUGUGGGAAGGCAUUUAGAGUACGCCAACAACUUACUUUUCAUCACAGAAUUCAUACUGGUGAGAAACCCUAUGAAUGUAAGGAAUGUGGGAUGGCCUUCAGACAAACUGCACACCUUACUCGACAUCAGAGACUUCAUUCUGGUGAAAAACUAUAUGAAUGUAAGGAAUGUAGAGAAUCAUUCAUAUGUGGCCCAGACCUCAGAGUACAUCAGAAAAUUCAUAUUGGUGAGAAGCCCUAUGAAUGUAAAGAAUGUGGGAAGGCCUUCAGAGUGCGUGGACAGCUUACUCUCCAUCAGAGGAUUCAUACUGGUGAGAAACCCUAUGUAUGUACAGAAUGUGGAAAGGCCUUUAGACAGUAUGCACACCUUACUCGACAUCAGAAGCUUAAUAUUGCUGACAAACUCUAUGAAUGUAAAGAAUGUGGGAAGGCCUUUUUGUGUGGCUCUGGCCUUAGAGUACAUCACAAGCUUCAUACUGGUGAGAAACCCUAUGAAUGUAAGGAAUGUGGGAAGGCCUUUAGAGUUCGGCAACAACUAACACUCCACCAGAGAAUUCAUACUGGUGAGAAACCCUAUGAAUGUAAGGAAUGUGGAAAGACCUUUAGUCGUGGUUAUCAUCUUAUUCUUCAUCACAGAAUUCAUACUGGUGAGAAACCUUAUGAAUGUAAGGAAUGCUGGAAGGCCUUUAGUCGUUACUCACAACUUAUUUCACAUCAGAGUAUUCAUAUUGGUGUUAAACCCUAUGACUGUAAGGAAUGCGGGAAGGCCUUUAGACUACUCUCCCAACUUACACAACAUCAGAGUAUUCAUAUCGGUGAGAAACCCUAUAAAUGUAAGGAAUGCGGGAAAGCCUUUAGAUUGCGCCAAAAACUUACUCUACAUCAGAGCAUUCAUACUGGUGAAAAACCCUUUGAAUGUAAAGAAUGUAGGAAGGCCUUUAGACUUAAUUCAUCCCUUAUUCAACAUCUGAGAAUUCAUUCUGGUGAGAAACCCUAUGAAUGUAAGGAAUGUAAGAAGGCCUUUAGACAACAUUCACACCUUACCCAUCAUCUGAAAAUUCAUAAUGUUAAAAUAUAAGAAUAUCCUUCUGUUCUGUGUUGUAGAACACUCUGUGAAUAUAGUAAUUAAUCCCUUUUGCUUUAUACAUGUAAUUGACUUGGCAUAAGACAUUUUAUAUCUUAAAAGAAUAUGUUAAUUUAAUGUCUUCCACCAUCACUCAAACCUGAUAAACCAUCACUCAAACCUGGUAAACUUCACAUUCAUUCUAAAAACUAAUCCUAUUAAUAUAAUGAAUGUGGGAAAGACACAUCAUCAUCUCUAUCCCAUCACUUUCCUGCUUGUGUUAUAUUGAAGAAGAUGCUUCUCUGCUCUGUGCUGUAAUUUAUUCAUUUAUAAAAUGGUGCUAUAAUACUGUGGCAGAGUAAAAAUUGCUGCACAUUCAUUGAGACUCCUCCCAUUAAGAGGUGGCAUCCACAUCCUUUCCCCUUGAAUCUGGCCAGACUGACUUGACCAGUAGAAUAUAGUAGAAGUACUGCCGUGCCGGUUUUUAGACCCAGGUUUUACUGAUAGAUUUUACUUCAUCUCCUGGAAUACUCUCUCAAGUUCAGACCUUGAACUUUAUGUUAAAAAGUCUGGCAACUCUGCUGAAGAGACCACAUGGAGAGGCCCUGAGACUACAUAGAGAGGGAGAGGCACUCUGCUGAGCUCAGUCUUCCAGACAUGCCCACCAAUACACCAGACAUUUGAGUGAAAUAGUUUCACUGGCCACCAGCUGGAUGCCACUGAGUGACCUCAGUUGACACCACAUAGAACAGAAGAAUCGACUAACUGAGCCGCUGCCUAAAUUCCUGACCUACAAAAUCAUGAGAUAUAAUAAAAUGGUUCUUGUUUUAAGCCACUAAAUUUUGUUUUAUUAUAUCAUCUUUAAAAUUACUGUUUUGAAAAUUCGUAUUAAAGACGAUGGGCACAGUGAAUAUAGAAAUGCCCUCCACCAAUGCUUAUCCUUAUUGAAUUUCAGUAACUUAUUCGUGUUAAAAUAAUGAAAGAGAGAAAUUCUUUCUAAAAUUGUUCAUAAAAAAGUAGGUAUUCUACAAUCUGCAUUCUCUGACCCCAGUCUAAAUUUAAUUUAAAAGUAACAAAAAGAAACUAUUUGGAAAUUUAAAAUCACCUGUAUUAUAAUUCCUGCAAUAAUUUUUUUUAAAUCCAUUGUAGCCUUUUUUUAUACUCAAAUUGUCCUAUCUUGGCCAAUGGGAAUUUCCUCAAGUUGGUUCCUGUGUCUUUUUGUCAUGACUGCUGUAGCAUUUGAUAGCUUCUUAUUUUUCUGACCAAAUGCAUUAGUCAGCUCUGGAGCAUAUUUGGGCAUUUAUUGAUCAAUAAAGGGGGAAAAUGGAGCAUUUAUCUUGCUGUUCCUUUAUGAACUAUAUUUCAAGACAACCAAAAGUUGGUGAAGGACAGUUCUUUAUUAUUAGAGAAUUCUAGCUAAUAAAGGUCAAAGGAAUGAUAGCAUUUGAAAAAUCACGUUUUAAAUUUAUUAAAUAAUGAAUCUUGGUGGUGAUAUCAAUGGAUGUGAAGACCUUUGGGUGAAAGAUUGAUAGGAAGGUUUUAAUAGAUGGAGCAGAAUGAACCCUAAUCUAUAUUUAUAAACAUCUUAAAAUUGGAUCAACCAGGCUGUGUGCUUCUUGAUAUGAUGCAAAAGAUGUACACAGCACCACCUGUGAAGUAUUCUUGCCCAAAAUAUUGAUCCAGAAGUAUAAUUUAAUCUCUAAAUCUAAUUAGUUUACAAGAAACUUGGGGAUUAAAGAAAUUAAUGACACAAAGAAGCAACCAACCAAAUCCAGAAUGUGGGAAAUUCCACAUAAUAAAUGAUCUAGUUUCCUAACCAAUAUAUGUCAAGAUAAAAUAAAAAGAUAAUCUUGCAAAUUAAAAGGCACUUAAGACAUAUCAAUUAAACACAAUAUAUGGAAUGUACUGGGAUCCUUGCAUUAAAAUGUAGUGAGAUUUUAUUUUAAUCACAUAUGGUUAGACACGUAGACACACGAAUGGUUGUCAUAAAGGAAGACAUUUAUACUCAGAGAUCACUAGAAAUAGGAGGCACCGCAUGCCACACAGGUCCACAUGGGGAAGCACCUAGUUUUUUGGGGAGGCAGAAGAGGGGAGAAGACAGAGCAUCGUUCAGAGCCUUUACUGGAGUUUUCCUAUGAAGGAAUGGGCCACACUGGGAGGUACACUAAGUGAGUUUAGGAUUGGAUAGUUUGAAUAAUUUUGGUGGGCUUUGAGCCAUAGGGAUAGGCCCUAGUUGUCCGGUACCUGGGGUGAUUUAGGGCAGGAGGAAUAUUGGCUUGGUAUAUGAGUUUGAUAAAGGAGAUGGUCAGGGGAGGCGGGUAUCAUUUGCCAUCUCUAGGAAUUUGCUAGCCCUCGGAGGGGUAAUCUUUCCAGGAUCAAGUCAUCAAAUGCCAGACCAUCAAGAAUACAGAAAAUAAGAAAAUACAGUCAAUGCAAUCCUGAUUUGGACAAAUACAUGAAAAAAAUUUAGACUAUUGUGAAAAUGUAAACCUAGAGUGAGUUAAAUUAUGUAAAGCAAUUAUUGUUCAUUUGAUUAGGCACAAUGCUGGCAUGGGUGUGGGAGUGUGUAUGUGUGUGUAAGUCCUUAUACUGAAGUAUUCAAGGGUGAAAUUAUGGCGUGUCUAUGAUUUGCUUUAUAAUACUUCAGAAAAACAAAGGGUGGGGGUGAUAGAUGAAAAAAGAUUGGCAAAAUGUUGCUAAGUGUUGAAGGUUGAUGAUGAGUACACAGGGUUCAUUGUGUUAUUCUUACUACCUUUGCGUAUAUUUUAAAAUUUCCAUAGUAAAGUUUUUUUAAGUAGAAAAUCAAAUAGGAAAUUUUAGAUUACUUAGUGAUAAAUGAUAAAGUGAUGCCUACAAAUAAAAAUUUGUAGGAAAUCACCAAAGCUCUACUUGGUAGAAAAUUAAUCACCUUAAUGCAUUUAGAAAACCUAGAUUGAGGAACUAGUGUUUCUCUUGUUUACCACUCAGUCCCCACACCUACAGUGCCUGUCACAUAACAGGCAAUUGAUAAAUGUGUUGAAAAACGUAAGCAUUAAGUUAAGCUAGAAAAAAAAAUAAGUAGAAGGAAGUAAUUCAUACGCUAAAAGUAGAAAUUAAUGGAAUAGUUAAUAAAACAGUAGACUUUAUCCAAAGAUGUUCUCUUUGAAAAGACCAUGAAUAUAGAAUUGGCAGUUAUUAUUGAGGAAAAAAGAGAUGCCUCAGUUACAGCUGUAUGUAGGGGAAAGGUGAAAUCACUACAUAUAUUAAGGAGAUUAAACAUUUUUUUAAGUUAUAUGUGUAUUACUAUAUACAUAUAUUUCAAUAUGUAUAAAAAUAUAGAGAAUGAAUUAUCUAGAGAAACCUAAAUGAUCAAAAUUGACUCAAGAUACUACAGAGGGGCUGACCCCAGGGCCAAGUGCUCAACUUCACCCACUCCGUUUUGGUGGCCCAGGGUUUCCCCCAUUGGGUUCCUGGGCGCGGACAUGACACCGCCCAUCAAGCCACGCUGAGGCGGCAUCCCACAUAGCACAACCAGAAGGACCUACCACUAGAAUAUACAACUAUGUACUGGGGGGCUUUGGGGAGAAGAAGAAGAAAAAAAGAUUGGCAACAGAUGUUAGCUCAGGUAACAAUCUCUAAAAAAAAAAACAACAUACUAUAGGAAACCUGAAUAGAUCUAUAAACAAAGGAAAAAUGUAAAUGUAGUUAUGAUCUUGAUUUUUAAAAACUAGAAUCAAUAGUUUUGCUGGCAAUAAAAAGCUUUAAAGAGGAGAUAACCUCUAAAAAUUUUUGCCAGAUCAUUCUAUAAGGCAAUAUCCCAAUAAUAAAAUUAGAUGAGGAUAGCCCCUAAAAAGGAAAAUCUGGACCAGUAUUACUUAAGAUACAUGCAAACACUCCAAAAAAAGUUCUAUAAAUUGAACUCAGUCUAUUAAAACAAUUAUAAAAUGUAAAAUGAUCUGCCAGGAAUAUCUGGGGGCCUGACCUGUUGUGGUUUAAUUAGGUAUUCAGAUUUUAAGUAUUCUUUUUCUUUUCUUUUCUUUUCUUUUUUUGAGGAAGAUUAGCCCUGAGCUAACUACAGCCAGUCCCCCUCUUUUUUUUGCUAAGGAAGCCUGGCCCUGAGCUAACAUCUGUGCCCAUCUUCCUCUACUUUAUAUGUGGGACGCCACGACCGGCCCCUAACUCCAAAUUUCUGAAACUGUGUUCCACAAAACAAUAGUACUUAAUGGUACUUGAAGAAAAUGAUUUUCUGGUCAAACAAGCAUGGGAGCUCUGUAUACUGUAUUUCUUGGGAAAAAAAUUAUUCACAUUAAGUGCCUAUCAAAAGACGAUCAAAAAAAAGAUUUCCUUUUAUCUAACCCAGUGUCUCUCAGACUUCGCUCUAGAAUUCCCAUUCCCAAUGCCUACUGCAGAUGUGAUUCCACUUUGGCAGUUUUGCUGUAACCAAAAGGAGUGGCUUCAAGGAUGGAAAUGUCUGCAUUAUGGCAGGUGUGUGGUUGUGUGGCAAGGAAAGCAACUCACGUCAUGCUGUCCAACUGUUAGCUACCGGCUGUCUUUAAAAUUUAAAAUGGUGCUUUUCAAUAGAAGAGAAAACCCCAGCCCUAUUCUUUAUAUAAAUAUACUAUAUGUAUUUAGACCUUUUAUUGGUCACUAUUUAGAUUAUAUACAAUUUCUCACUGAAAAAUAUCUUAUAGAUAUGUGUGUUUCUUGCUAUACAUAAGCAAGAGUCUCUCUGAAGUAUUCAUCGAAAAGUGGAAUUGCUCAGUCAUAGGUUAUAUUCACUUUCAACCUCACUAGAUAUUGCCAUAAAAGUGGAGGACACCAUUGUGCCAAUUUACAAUCCCUCCAACCAGUGAAAUAGUAUUUCAUUGUAUCUCCAAUUCUGGUAUGUGCUUUAAUAUUUUUCUGGUUAUUAGUGAGUUGAGCGUCUUUCCACAUCUGUUUAUUGCUAAACACUGUAAUUUGCCAAUUCAUGUCUUUUGCCCAUAUUCCUUUUUUUAACAACGUUCAUGUAAGAAUUGUGCGAUUCUUAAAAAUAAUUUUCUAGAUAGUAAUCCUUUACUUAGUAUUGUAAAUGAUGGACUUACCUUCUCCCAGAUUGUGGCUUAUGUCUGUAUUUAUGGUGAUAUUGUCAUAUUAAAAUUUUAAAUAUGGAUGCAA